UAUAUAUAUAAACCCCCCAUUAAUAUAUGCACUACACUAAUCUCCACCAAUGGCAUCCUUCCUUCCUCUCCUGCUCCUCCUUCUCCUCCUCCUCCUCCCUCUCUCCACCACCACCACUACCACCUCUGAUCCCACCCCCAUUGGCCACUACUGCCGUCCAUUCUCAACCUUCACCCAUCUCCAACUCAACCACACCCAACUCCUCCACGAUGUGGCUGAUGAAGCCUCCAUUAGUGGCUUCGCCACGAGCUCAAUUCUUUCUAUCCCAUUCUACACUCUCGCCCAAUGCCGCGGCGAUAUCAACUCCAAGGACUGCUCCACCUGCGUUCACGCCGCCGCCACUGCCCUCCCCCAACUCUGCCCUCCCAAUACCUUCGACGGCCGUAUCUGGUUCGAUUACUGCAUUAUGAGGUUCGCCAACUAUAGCUUCUUCGGCCAAGUUGAUGCCACCUACUUCAUCAACUACGCCAACAUCGACAAUGCUACUGACCCAAUCGAGUUCAUGAACAAGACAAGUGAGCUCAUGAGCCAUGUGAGUGGCGCCGCGACCGAGCCGGGCAAUGCCGGGCUCGGUCGAGGUGAGUAUAAGUUUGAGCCUCAGAUUACUAUCUAUGGUUUGGCUCAGUGCACCGAGGAUUUGGAACCAAUGCCAUGCGCACAGUGCUUGUCUUUGGCCGUGGCCAAGUUCCGGGAUUACUGUGAGUUUAAACAAGGGUGCCAAGUGCUGUUUACUAGUUGCUGGGCUAGAUAUGAGAUUUAUCCCUUCUUCUUUCCUUUGGAUGUUAAUGCCACUACUACUCUGCUGCACCAUUCUGUUGUUGCCCAAGUUAACACUUAAUUUGACAGUAGCUAUAUAUAUAUAUAUAUGUCUUUUUUAUAUAUGUAUUACUGUCUGUGUUUGAUUUAGGUAUGUUUUAAGUUGUUAUUGUUGUUGUUGUUGUUAUUAUUAUUAAGGUGAUAUAUAUGUUGUGGUUGAUAUGGAAUAAGAUGGUCUGUGAUGAUGAUGAUGAUGAUGGUGGAUUAUUGAUAAUUAAUAAAAUUUAUGGAGUUAUUUAUUUA